GAAUAAGUUAUUCGUUUUCGUGAAAAUGAACGGUGAAAACUAAAGUGCAGGCAAACUGGAAUAAUUUGGCGAAUUGUCUGAUAUUAAAAAUUGUAUACAUUGCUUUGUAGAAAGCAAUCAUGGCCUCUUUAGAUCUUUUAACACCACAUUUAUCUAAAAUCAAAAUACCAACUUCGCAGCAAUUGAUUUACAAAGAUGAAUGUGUUUAUUCUUUCGACAACCCGGAAUCUGAAACGGGUCUGUAUGUGUCACUAACUUCGUUCCUCGGUUUCGGUCGCAAUUACGUCGAACAGUACUAUCAAAAAACGGGAAAUGCCGUGUUCUUGCACAUUACCAGGGAAAAGAAACCUAUCCCAGAACCGGAACAGACUGGAGAUGGACCGGAAAAGAAGAUCACGCGUUUAGCUAUUGGCGUAGAAGGCGGAUUUGAUCCAGAAUGCGGCAAGCCAAAGUACACUUACACUGACCAUUACAAUGUGGUGGUUUUGCCUGGCUUCCAGAACUUUCCAUGGCCUAACGAUGCACUACCUGAAGUGAUAAAGAAGUCUGUGCAAGGCAUACUUGAAGCAGAAUCACCAUUCAAAAUAGCUGAAAUGCAAGCAUUACAUGGCGCAUGGGAUGGAGAAAAACGAGAAGUAUCUGUCCAUGCAGUGAAUUUACUUCAAUUGGAUAAUGGAAUAAAGAUACCACCAUCUGGAUGGAAAUGUGAAAAGUGCGACCUCACCAACAACCUUUGGCUGAAUCUCACGGAUGGUUCCAUUCUGUGCGGAAGAAGGUUCUUUGAUGGCUCCGGUGGAAAUGACCAUGCGGUUGAACAUUUCCGUGAGACAGGUUAUCCCCUAGCUGUUAAGUUGGGAACAAUAACUGCGGAGGGCAAGGGCGAUGUGUUCUCAUAUGCUGAAGAUGAUAUGGUCGAGGAUCCUUUCUUGGCUGAUCACUUGAAGCACUUUGGUAUCAAUGUGCAACAGUUACAGAAGACGGAAAAGUCAAUGGUGGAACUGGAGCUGGAGCUGAACCGGCGCACGGGCGAGUGGAACACGCUGCAGGAGAGCGGCAGCGAGCUGCGGCCCCUGCACGGACCGGCUCUUACCGGCCUCAACAACUUAGGCAACUCGUGCUACAUCAACAGUGUGCUACAGGUAAUGUUCCGAAUGCCGGACUUUGUGCGUCGCUUCGUCGAGGGUGCUCCAGAAAUCUUCGCCACCUUCCCAGAAGAUCCUGUCAAUGAUUUCAAUGUGCAAACGGCGAAAGUGGGUGUCGGUCUCAUAUCGGGCCGCUACUCGUUCCCCGGCGACGUGGAUGGCAGCCAGCAGGGCAUCUCCCCGCACAUGUACCGGCAGCUCAUCGGCAAGGGCCACCCCGAGUUCAUGACCAAGCGGCAGCAGGAUGCGCACGAGUUCUUCCUGCACUUCCUCACUCUGCUUGAGCGCAACAGCCGGCACCGCGCGAACCCGGCGGAGUGCAUGCGGUUCGCGGUGGAGGAGCGCGUGCGGUGCGGCGCGUCGGGCGGCGUGCGCUACACGCGGCGCGCCGAGCACCACCUGCCGCUGCCCGUGCCGCUCGCCGCCGCCGCCAACCUGCCGCAGCUGCGCGACUACGAGCGCCGCCGGGCCGACGCCGACGCGAGCGGCCAGCGCCUAGAUCCUUCGGAAAUAGUGCGUCCGCACAUCCCGUUCCAGGCUUGUCUGGAGAGCUUCAUGAAAGAGGAAACCGUUGAGCAGUUCUUCAGCUCUGCAGUCAACAAGAAAGUUACUGCUAAAAAGAUUACCCGAUUGGCAACAUUCCCGGACUAUUUGCUGAUCCAGCUGAAGAAAUUCACCAUCAAAGAAGAUUGGACACCCGCUAAACUAGAUGUCGCUGUUGAUAUGCCAUGGGAGGUGGACCUAAGUUGUUUGCGCGGAAGUGGCUUGCAGCCGGACGAGACCUUGCUCCCAGAAGCUGCCAACGAAACACCAGCGCCAGUUUUCGAUGACAACUUACUGUCGCAGCUUUUGGACAUGGGAUUCCCGGUGGAAGCGUGCAAGAAGUCGCUCUACUACACGAACAACUCGAGCAUGGAGGCCGCCUCCAACUGGCUGAUGGAGCACAUGACGGACUGGGACUUUGCCAACAAGUUUGAGCCGCCCGGCUCUAAAGCUUCCGAUGACGCGUCCGGCGUCGACGUGGACCCAGCCAGCGUGGAGCAGAUCACCAGCAUGGGUUUCACAGCCGUCCAAGCUGCCAAGGCCCUUAUUAUAAAACACUCAUCAAUUGCUCAUACAUGUACAUACGUAUUCAUUUUCAUCAUUCUUGUACUAAAAUGAUGAACUGACGAUCGAUUAUUUGCAGAGUACAAACUGGUGGCGUUCAUAUCGCACAUGGGCACGUCGACGAUGGUCGGCCAUUACGUGUGCCACAUCCUGCACGAGGGACGCUGGGUGAUUUUCAAUGACAAUAAGGUCGCGCUAUCAGAAAACCCCCCCAAGGACCUCGGCUACUUGUACCUCUACGAGAGACUGUGAUGCCAGGAACGAGGCGAUGCGCCUGACUUCGGCCGCCAACUGCAAUGUCUUAGACUGCGUUAAAAUACAUUGAGCAGAUUGAACGGGAUAAAAAGCACGGUUCAAAACCGUUAAAAAUUAGAUUUAAUACGAUAUUUGAUUGUGACAUUGAAAUAGUCUUAAGUCUUCACAUUGCUGAUCAAUUGAUCUGCAUCUGAUCAAACAAAUUGUGAUUAAUGGAAGAUACUUGUAUGGAUACUAAUAUUUUAAUGUGGUUCUCUUGAUACGCAUUUUUAUUAAUUUUUAAUUUGCAAUAGAUUCUGUUGUGGGUGUUAUUGUAAGAAAAUCUUAUACACUAUGAACUUAUACAAUAAAAAUAAAAAAUAAAACCCUGUUUACACCCAAUAAAGACCUUUCUUGGUUAAAUCUCUGUUAAAUAUUAGUUUGAAUGAAAUAUAUGUUUUUCACAACCAUAUGAGUUACAUCCAUACGAAACCAUUUUAUUGUAAAUUCAUAAAGCUACAUACAUAUAUAGUUUUUAAUUCUUAAUAACUCCAUGAAUCAUGAAGCUCUCUCAUCAAACUAAGUUUUAAGAUAUUGCUUCUAAUAUUAAUUACACUAUAAAUUGGUCUCAUUAUCACGAAAGUUGUGAUAUUUCAUUUGAAAGCCUAAAAUAUGUGUACCAAAGCUUAAAUAGCUAAAAAUCUGAGAUUCUGUAUGAUAAGUAUCGUUUUAUACAAAAAUUACUUACUCAUAUAGGAUGUAUAAGUAAUAAUUAAAGCUUUUAAAAAUAUAGUUACGACUUUAACUAUAAGAAUUACUUGAGUCAUGCUUCUUUUCAAAAAAUAUGUAGUGAUUGAAAAUUUGUGGAAGUCUUUCUAUGUAAUAUUGUUAUUAAUAAUUUUUUUUUUGCAGAUGCAACAUUUUUAUUUGACUCGAAAGUUGUUGUUUUUAAGAACUAUUGUAUUAAAUAGGUAGAUACUGUGAAAAUUCAGAUGUUUUAUGUCAAAAAUGUUAGAUGAAUUUCUAUGUGUAUAAACAACGAAUAAAUUAUUGUCUUAAA